ACAAGAAAAAAUAGAAACAGUACUAUUGCGUACUUCAAUAUAAUUCACGAAUAUUUAGCGAUCUGCACGUUGUUGACUGCAGUUUAGGCAAACUGUCGAAAUCGUCUAGUUUUGUGAUAAUCGAAAUUGAAAGAGUGAACAACUUUCUGUUUUGCUACCGAUACCUACCGUCGUCGGCCAUGUUUUGCAUAAUAUGAAUGAUUUGCUAGUUUCUCCCUGGUGCAUGUGGUAAACCCAAAAUAGGAAUUUAUUGGCCUAGUGAAAAUGCAUUGGAUCUUGAAUCUCGAUGGUGGGCCGAGGCGUGUUAACCAUGCUUCGGUAGCCGUGGGGGAGUUUAUCUACUCAUUCGGUGGGUACUGCACUGGAGAAGACUACCAAUCGAACAGUGCCAUCGAUGUGCAUGUACUCAACACGCACAAUAUGCGCUGGUCCCCGAUUCCGGCGGUAGAGGAUGAAAACGGAGUGCCGUGCAAGUACCCGGAGGUACCGUUUCAACGAUAUGGCCACACUGCAGUCGCUUUUGAGCAGAAAGUUUACCUUUGGGGGGGCCGCAACGAUGAGAUUGUUUGCGAUAUCCUCUUCUGCUUUGAUACGCGCACCCGCAAGUGGACAAGACCUUCGAUUACUGGAACGGUUCCGGGAGCUCGCGAUGGCCACUCUGCCUGCGUGUAUGGCGAUCGGAUGUACAUCUUCGGUGGCUUCGAAGAGAGCAUAGAUAAAUUCUCUUGUGAUGUCUACUUUCUCGACCUUCGUACGAUGCACUGGACCUACGUAAAUACCCUCGGAGAACCGCCAUCGUACCGAGACUUCCAUUCGGCCACGAUAGUUAACGAUCGCAUGUACGUGUUCGGAGGAAGAAGCGAUGCAGUGGCACCAUAUCACUCACAGGAGGAAAUCUACUGUCCGAAGAUUAAGUUUUUGGAUCUAAAAACCGACUGUUGGCACACGCCAAAAACUACGGGCGAGAUUCCUUUGGGCCGUCGAAGUCAUUCAGCAUUUAUCUACAACCAUAAAAUUUACAUCUUUGCGGGAUACAAUGGCAAUCUUGAUAAGCACUUCAAUGAUCUCUACUGCUUCGAUCCCAGUCAAAAUAUAUGGCGCUUGGUAAAUCCUCAAGGGCAGGCACCCCGUGCAAGGCGGCGUCAAUCGUGUCUGGUAAUUGGCAAAAGGAUGUAUCUAUUCGGAGGAACAUGUCCGAUGGCCAAUGCUGAUCCUUCUUCGUUUGACUACAGCGAUACACACGUCCUCGAUUUCGAACCAAGCCUGUUCACGCUGGCUAUAAUAAAAGUUCUGCAGUACAAGCUAGAUACAUCAUGCUUACCUCGAGACAUAAGGAUUGAAAUACGAAACAUGACCACACCGAAUAAAAUCGGUCGAUCAUUAAACAAAGGUUAAGCAGGCGGUCGAGGUACAACUUCGAUUGUCCAUAGAAAAUGACACAUUUAGUUGAUUCUAACAAAAAUUACCAUCGAGUCAUUAUUGAAUGUGUAGCCAAUGAAAUCCGCAUGUAAAUUAAGUAAUAUUAUGUCUGAUCAAAUAUAUUUGUUGAAAGUG